UAGAAAAUAAUAGAGCUUGCGACAAAAAUAAUAGAGCUUGCCAAUUACGGUAAUUGGUUAGAGUUAAGAUUUUGUGUGCGAAAUAGUAAAAGCGCUCUUGUGGUUCGGAUUUCGAAGAUUUCACCAACCGAUCCACCAUCUACAAUGACGAAUGGUACCCACACCUCAAUUGGGCUGGUUGUGCAAUGAUUGUUCUGUUGGGUCAACAAAGGCAUUUUGAAGUUUUGGAUUUUUGGUACCACAUCCUAACAGUGCAGCGUGCUGAUGGCAGAGAAGAAGAUGUCAAAGGGAUUAAACUUAAACGUACGGUAGACCAUAUGAGACGCUUUCAAGUAUUGAACUCGCAGAUUUUUACUGCACUGACUUUGAAGGAUCCAAUGUGGAGCAUGUACGGUGCUUCUCACCGCCGCAAUAUCCCUCUAUUAAAAAAAAAGGAAUUGUAAUACAUUGUUUUUUAUAUUUUGAGAUUAUUUGCUUUUUAUAAUAAAUG